AUGUACUUCUCCAAGUUUGUCAUGACCCUGGCGUCUCUCGCCUCCAUGGCCUCGGCCACUGCCAUGCCCCAGUCUCCCGUCGAGUCUGGUCUUGAUGCCCGCGACGCUGGCAGCAUCUUUGAGCGCACCUCCUUCAAGUGCCCCACCGGCAUGAACUACUGCUCCUGGACCAAGGCCUGCUCUUGCAAACCCGGCCAGUCUUGGGACUCCAAGAAGGGCUGCUGCUCUGGUACCGUCAAGACCGGCGCAUGGCCCAAGCCUUCGGUCAGCGUCUACGGCUCCGUCGAUGCUAAGCUCGGCGCCUUCUGCGCUUGCUCCCCUUACAAGAUCGUCAAGUACGACUCUAAGCACGCCUACUGCCAAGCCUCUAUCAAGAACGUCGUCUUCCUGGCUCCUCUUGAGAUCGAGGCUGAGCUCAAGGUUUACGCCGGUGCCGCUAUCAAUGUCAACGCUGGCUGCAGCGUCAGCCUGAAGAACACCUGCGGUGGCCUUGCCGGUCUCUACCUCGAGUCUUGUGCCGAUGCCGUCACCCUCUUCAACACCAACGCCUACGGCCUGUCUGUCUCUGCGGGCGGUGUCAUUGGCGGUAUCGUCGGCGGCGUCCUCAACACUGUCAAGGGCCUCACCUGCUGGCUUGGACUCACCCAGUGCGCUACCUACGAUUGUGUCUCUUACUGCACCAAGGGCUGUAAGAACCACAUUGACAUCAAGGGCUCCGUCGGUGGCUACCUCAACGGUCUUGUUGGGUUCUGUGUCCUCCCCGAUGUUCUCCUGUUCGUUGGCGCCGCUGGCAGCAUCGUCAACGUUGCCAUUGAGCACCUCCAGUGCCUCGUCGGUAACAUCAUCAAGAGCAUCCUCAGCACAUUCGACUGCGGCUGCAACUAA